AUGCCUUCGCAACAGCAACAGCAUCAUUCCGGCCAGCGCCAGAGCAGACACAGAUCAACGCUGUCGCUGCAAAAGACGGAGAUCAAAAUCCACGUCUAUGACCUUCUCCCGCCCGGAAGAGUCGCUUCCGUGCUGUGGACUUUAGGGGCCUCGCUGCUUCACUCAGGAGUAGUCAUCAACGGUCGAGAAUACGCGUACGGCGGGCAUGAUAAGCGCGGAGUCACCGGAGUGUACUGGACUAAGCCCAGGACCGAGCCCCCAGGCGGCACCUUCAAGUGCGAAAUCCUGCAUGGCUUUACGCUGGCCACGUCGGAGGAGAUAGAUGCGGCCCUGCGAGACGCCUCGGAAGAGUUCCUCGGUACUUCGUACAAUCUGCUCACGAAGAACUGCAACCACUUCACAUCGUAUCUGUGUAAGAAGCUGACGGGCGAUGCCGGCCCCGGGUGGCUGAACCGAGCCGCGAGCAUCGGAGUCGCGCUGCCGUGCGUCGUGCCGAGGGAUUGGAUCGAGCCCCCGGAAUACGUGAGCGCCGACGGCGAGCUGGUCGACGAUGACGACGACGACGAGCAUGCGGACGAACAAUCACGUAUGCUCGGGCAGCACAGGCCGCAUCUUCUUUCGGAGCGUGACAACGAAUGGAGCAGCGACGACGAGCGCCGAAGAGGAGGAAGCGGUAAAGGAAAGCAGAUUCUUCGGGACACGUCGGGCAGACAGCUUCCAGCCGCGGAGAGGGCUAUCCGGCCUUGA